AUGCCGCAACUUGCUUUACACACCAAUUUAGCCUACAAGGUCCGAAGCAAACCGACUGGGCCUCUCAUGCUACCAAAAGAGGUUGCCAGCUCAUUGAGCAUACGAUGGCCUUGUCGCGAUGUCCAGAUGCGGCAGCUAGCCAGUCUUCUGAGUCCUCACGUUCCUAGUCCCCCAACAUUGGUCGUCCAUGGUAUCUCUGCGACCUGUAAAUCGACUAUCCUCCGGGCCGUCCUCGCUACUCUCGGAGUGCCGCACGCCAUUGUCAGGAGCUCGGAAUGUAUUACGGGACGGCAUCUCCUGACGAAAAUUCUAUGGAAUACACUGGAGGCACUAGGCCAGAAGGAAGAAUGGGAGACAUCCGGCAAGGGGAGAUGCGAGCACGUCAGUGGCCUUGCAGUCUUGCUCGAGGAGUGUUUGGCGGCGAGGCCCGUUGAGAACCACGGCAAAUUCGUGCUGGUGCUGGAUGAGAUUGACAGGCAAAGAGAGGCGCCACAUACUCUGCUGUCAGCACUGGCACGGCUAGGCGAGAUUAUUCCAUCUCUCUGUGUUGUUCUGGUCCUUAGCUCGACUCCACGGCCAUUGUUCCUCCAAAGUGCAGCGGUUCCGCAUGUCAGCUUCCCUCCAUAUACCCGCAAGGAGGCCAUCCAUAUCAUUCUCAGUUCGGAUGCGCCGGUUGUGGAUGGGUUGCCCGACGAAACCUCCUCACGGGUAUACCCAUACUUUGUAUCUACAGUUUACGACUCAUUGGUUGGACCGACAGCAGGUUCCAUACCUGAUUUCCGGUCCAUAUGUGACAGAUUGUGGCCUCGGUUUGUUGCGCCUGUAGUGAAUGGCGAAACGCCCCCAGGCGGAAAUGAUGAGUGGGAUUUCUCGCGGCUGCUCGUGAAAAACAGAGUCAUCUUUCGACACCAGGGCGAGUCUGCGCUGGUGCACCGCAUUGUCCCCGACGAGACUCCUGCCAGCGCGAAACGGGCCCCGCUGGCAAAAGCCGCUAUGCCUUUGGCUCUCCCUUCUCUGCCAUAUUUCUCGACGCUGAUCCUCACGUCCGCUUAUCUGGCCUCGCACACGCCUCAGCGACUGGAUACAAUCUUCUUCUCCAAAUUUUCCUCAUCAUCCCUUUCAGCCCGGAACAAGCGUGCCCACCACCGUCGACGCUUGAAGGUCCUCUCCCAAGCCCAGGCAGAAGAGAGACAAGCCGCAAACGACGACCCUUCAACCCCCAAGAAAGGAAAGCGAACAAAAACCCGCAUCACGAAAUCAACCCUCUCCUCCGCCUUCGCGACCUCUUCGGCCACCACGUCAGCCAUCGGAGGCGGCGCAGGCAUCGCCGGCCCGUCUACCAUCCUCACGGCCCGUUCUUUCCCCCUAGAACGUCUCUUGGCUAUCUACCAUGCGAUCGAUCCGAACCCCCCAGCAACUCCACUUCGAGUUGCCGCUGUCGCAGACCGUAUCUACGCCGAACUGGCAACUCUGCGACGUCUGCGGCUCGUUGUUCCUGCUGCUAGCCAUAAUGCUAUGGCGACGAGCAGUGGCAAUACCACUGCUGAUGCGGGAGAUAAGUGGUGUGUCAAUGUCUCUGGUGACUGGGUCGGUGAGCUGGCUAAGGGUAUUGGUGUCGAGGUUGGUGAGUGGUUGGCUGGUGGUCUGGACUGA